GAAAAAUCGUUGCUUCUAUAAUGGACACAUACCAUGUGCUGGAGAUGAUAGGGGAAGGCUCAUUUGGGCGUGUCUACAAAGGACGCAAGAAAUUCAGUGGACAGGUUGUGGCCCUCAAGUUCAUUCCCAAGGUGGGCCGGUCAGAAAAGGAGUUACGAAGCCUGAAGAGGGAGAUUGACAUCAUGAGAGGGCUCAAACACCCUAACAUUGUGUUGCUGCUUGACAGCUUUGAGACUGAGAGGGAGGUUGUUGUUGUGACAGAGUAUGCAGAAGGAGAGCUGUUUCAAAUUCUAGAGGAUGAUGGAAACUUACCUGAGAGCCAGGUUCGUGAGAUUGCCUGCCAGCUGGUUUCGGCCCUGUACUAUUUGCAUUCUCAUCGAAUACUCCAUCGUGACAUGAAGCCGCAAAACAUUCUUUUGGGGAAAGGUGGAGUCGUCAAGCUGUGUGAUUUCGGUUUUGCCCGUGCCAUGAGCGUUUCGACUCUAGUCCUGACCUCCAUCAAGGGCACCCCUCUCUACAUGUCCCCAGAGUUGGUGGAGGAGAAGCCCUACGACCACACGGCCGACUUGUGGUCCCUUGGCUGCAUCCUGUACGAGCUCCACACUGGAGCACCGCCUUUCUACACCAACUCCAUCUUCCAGCUGGUUCAGCUGAUCGUCAGAGAUCCAGUCAAGUGGCCUGAAAGCAUGAGCCCGAGUUGCACAAGUUUCCUGAAGGGUUUGCUGACUAAGGACCCCCAGAAGAGGCUGUCAUGGCCUGGCCUCCUAAAGCAUCCAUUCGUCGCUGAUGGAGUUUUAGUGCUGUCAGACGUCAGCUCCAACAACCCCCUGACAGUGAGUCCCAGCCCGGACCAGCAGGCUCUGAAACUGCAGCAGGCGAAGGAGAAAGCAGUGCCCCGCUGUGGCGAGGGGAAGUUACUGCGCAAAGCCAGGGAGCAGAGAGACAAGAGCAAGACGGGCAAAGAGGAUUCUGCACCUGUGGGAAGUGCUCCUGUGGGAAGUGGAACUAGAGACCGUUCCAACAAGGCGCUUUUGAGGACAGCAAUGGAUGGAAGGACCCCUUCAAAGGAUGGCACGGUACCCACAGGUUUGACAGAUGAGGAUUCAGUAAAACCUUCCGUCAAUCUGCCAGUCGUAGACCAACCCCAAGCUGAUGACGAGCUGGAGGACAGGAGAGGUCCAAUCAGCAGAGACUACGCGCAGGAGUUUCCAUCUGUGGAGGUCGGGCCCAGACAAGUGCUGAAGCAGCGGUCGAGGGGCCAAGGCAGUCUGCUGUGUGUGAGGCUGGAGAACGAGGAUGUUGACAGCGAUGAGGAGUGGCAGAAUUUGGUCAAAGCAACGGACCCAGAGAGUCAGACCUCAGUGAGUUUGGAUGAGUCGCUCGUAUCCCGAGUGAAGGAGAGAUUGCAGGCGUCCAAAUCCCAGCUAUUGGAUGGAAUGUUGGAGGGGGCGUGCCGUAUCCGCCAGCCCCUGAAGGUCCUGAGUAACCUGCUGACCCUGAUUACAACUCCAGAGGACUCCCGGCAGGUAGCUCAGGAAAUGGGCCUCCCUUACUUCCUGUUUGACCUGAUCGAAGAAGUCUUGGGGAAUUCAGUCGUGAAGCAGCAGCCCUGGUGUGUGUCAGUGCUGGGAGACUGCUUGAUCACACUGCUGGUGUUCUGGGAGAGGGACUUUGACUGGGAAAACACAGGGAAAAGAUUGGAGGAGCGCAUUGAGCCCUUCGUGACGAUUCUCUUCCACCCUGACAUGGCCUCUGUUGCGGCUCUUUCGGCAGCCGUGCUGGCUCUGUUCACUCACCGCGGCGUGGCUGUGGAUCUCAGCGCCGAGAAGCUCGUGGCUGUGGUGGAGGGAACCUUGCGCGGCCCACUGGAGAGCUGUGUCCCCCCACCGCGAGGCUGGGGACCCGCUGACGGUCUCCUGGUGCUGCUCCUCCAGACACUCUCUGAGCGUGAAAACUGUCCGAUCUCAGAGUUUCUGGAUUCCAGCCUCUGGCGCCUCUUGUGGGUCAGAGUUAGCAAUACACUGGAGGAGAUGUCACCCAACAGGAAGUUAUUAUCCCUCACUGGUCUGCAAGUCUUCCUUUCUCUUGCUCUGUUUGUCUUCAUCAGGGACCCAUACAGUUGUGUCCCUUUGUUUGCCAGUGAUGAUAAAAUUCCCUGCCCACUCUCUGCUGUCUCCUCACAGCUGAUUGGUCAUGCCUCAGAGAAGGAAGUGUCCACAGAGCACAGGCCCGCCCACCCAUGGAGUGACCCCAACCCAAACAGCCUAUCGGUGAUGAGCUGUCACCUGCUGUGCUUCCCAUUUGCCCUUGAAGUGCCUGAUGUCACAAUGGAGAAAAUCCUCCAAUCGUAUCAUAGCUGUGACAUUAUCUCACGCCUGCUGCAGCUGGCCCUCUCUCUCCCACUCCAUCUCCUGGAGGUCCCCCUCUCUUUGCUGUGCCACCUCCUCCUCUGUGACCCGAGUCACUCCGUCCCUCUCUUCAUGUCCUCCGCCGAGACCUGUGGCUUCUUCCUGCCCCCUGCCAAGACGGGAGGGGACGACGGUGACAAAUCCCAGAGCGCCGAUGACGGACGGCGUGGCGAGACGGGCAAGCCUGCGGGCCGGUCGGUGAGCUCCCUCCUGGCUGCCUUCCUCCAGAGCGAGGCCCAGUCCAGCUGUGCCGUGGAGCUCCUCUCGCUGGUCUCCCAGGCGGCCCGCUGUUUGCUCCUCCCCCCUUUCUCCCUUCUGUACGUGGACCCCUCCGUCCUGAGGCUGGCCCUCGCCCACCCAGACGCCAGCAUCAGAGCCGCCACCUGCAGCCUGCUGGGUAACCUUACCCCGCUGGCGCCUCAGGCCCGCCGCGACCCGCCCCUCUUGCCGCUCUUCCGGGACCUGAUCAGCCGGCUCCAGGAUCAGUCUCUGCCCGUGCGGAGGGCAGCCUGCCGCGCUGUGGGCAACUGGCUGGGGCUGAUCGGACAGGCGGACUCCUGCGAGAGCUCCGACCUCGCCAAAGAAGCUGACGGUCCUUUUGCCGUCAACGCGAAGGCAAACCCAGGAACAACAACCGUCCAGGAGAAUCCAGCUUUGCCCUCGAUGCGUGCUGACCCAGAGUUUGGCGGAUGGGUGGAGUCGGCUCGGGGGGCGGCUCCAGCACUGCUGCCCCUCCUCAGGGAUCCCGAUCCGCUGAUUCGCCGGCACUGCUGCGCCGCCCUGGGCAACGUGGCCGCCGUGAAUGGGGGAGGAGCCGCCCUGCUGCAGUGCGACGCCCCCGGCCAGCUCCUCCAGGUCGCAUGUGCAGACUCCCAGGAUGCCGUGCAGCAGGCGGCAGUUGCCAGCCUCUGCCUCUUCGGCCAGCAGGAUGCGCUGCGGCAUGCUCUGGUGUGUUUGGACGCUGAUGAGAAACUACGUUGUGUUUCGCAGCAUGCAGCCUCACCGCGUCAAUACAGCAAGCUCGUUAGCAAACUCCGCCCCCCAGUGAGCCCUUAGAAUGCGCAAGCUCCACCACCAGCAGUCUGCCGGCCCAAGCGUUCAAAUGGCCGAUUGCAGCCUCGUUUCAUUUCGGUGGCUGUGGAAGCACGGAUAGGGACAGUUACGGCCCCAGAUCAGAAUCUCCCUGAAGGAGGAUU